CUCUCUCCAGAUGAAAUCGCCCUCUAUGAUCGGCAGAUCCGCCUCUGGGGCAUGGCCGCCCAGGCCAAAAUACAAAACGCCAACAUCCUCCUCAUCACCAUCAGAGCCCUGGCCAACGAGAUCGCCAAGAAUCUCGUCCUCGCCGGCGUCGGCUCUCUCACCGUGCUCGACAACGCCAUCGUCACCGAGGCCGACCUGGGCGCGCAGUUCCUCCUCUCCGAGGUCGAGAACCCCGUUGGCCAGAACCGCGCCGAGGCCGCCAGCGCCGCGCUGCGCAAGCUGAAUCCCCGCGUCCAGGUCCACGUCGACGCGGAAGGGGUCAAGGCCAAAGGGCCCAGCUACUUCGCCGGCUUCGACAUCGUCAUCGCCACGGAUCUCGACCCGGACUCAUUCAAUCUCAUCAACACGGCCACUCGCCUCAACGGCAAGGCCUUUUACGCUGCGGGCACACAUGGCAUGUACGGCUUCAUCUUCAGCGACCUGAUAGAGCACGACUACGUCAUUGAGCGCGACCUCGGAAACGUCGCCACCGAGCCCAAGCAGGAAACGCGCACCCGGUCCAUCGUCGACGUCAAGACCAAGAAGGAAGGCCCCAAGGUCAUCGAAUCCGUCACAAAGCGAGAGCUCUAUUCCACCUGGUUCCUCGCCAGCGACGUCGCCAGCCUGCCUGAAGAGUACACAAAGUCCAAGCGCCGCCUGAGGAGCGUCUCCCCGACGCUGUCUUGCCUGCGCGCCCUGUGGGAGUUUAUGCAGAUCCAAGGUGGCCGCCUGCCGGGCAACCGCGAGGACCUCAAGCUCUUCACCCAAAUCGCCACGCAGAAGCACAAGGCCCUGAGCCUCCCCAGCGAGACGCUCAAGCCCGAGUUCUUGCGCAGUUUCCUGCAGAACCUAGGCAGUGAAAUCGCUCCUGUCACAGCCAUCUUGGGUGGUCAGCUAGCGCAAGACGUCAUCAACGUGCUGGGCCAGAAGCAGCAGCCCAUCCAAAAUAUGGUCAUCUUCGACGGCACCACCAUGGAGGCCCUCAUGUACCCUCUGCACCCCGAG